AUAAACAAAGCCAACAGCACUAAGGGGACAUGCAGAGGUAGAAAAAAAAAAGGAAAGGUUGGAAAAUGUCUCGCGGGCAGACGUGGAGUUUUGAGGAGGUGCAGGCGCUUAUUGAUAUAUGGUCAGAGGACUAUAUGUCGCAGCUGCUCGUGGCAACACACAAGAACUAUGAGGUUUUUAAACUGUUUAGCGAGAGGAUGGCGGCGCGCGGGUUUAACCGGUCGGCGGUUCAGUGUCGCAUCAAGGUGAAAAAGCUGCGACAGCAAUAUGUGAAGGUCCGGGACUCGCUGCGGAGAAGUGGCAGCUCGGGGGAGGAGAAGGAGAAGUUUAUAUGGUACGACGACCUGGACGGUAUUCUCGGCACGAGACCGACAAGCAGCCCAAAAGUCGUUAUCGAGUCUUUUAAAGAGGAGGUGCCUUGGACGUCAACAGCAGAGGAGCCAGCUGAUGUGUUCAAGUGCUCUGUCAGUCUGGAGCCGGACAAAAGUGGGGAUCCAAGCUACGGGGAGGUUCACCCUGAGGAAGAUGAGAGCACAGCCAGCUCAGGGAGCCCCAGGCCUCAGCAGGAAAACACCAGCCUCCGGUGGGCAACUCCUCGUGCACAAGGUCGAAAAAGGAAAAGCUGGACUGAGCGUUUGGACAGUUUUUUGGAAAGCUACAUGCAGCAUAAGAGGAAAACGGACGAGGCUGACCAGAAGCGGCACGACGAGGAGAGAGCUGCGUUUGAGAACUUUAACAGACUGCAGCAAGAGGCAGAGGAGCGCCGCUUCAAGGCGAUACAAGAACAGCAGCAGGCCAACAACCAGCUGUUGUUGCACAUGAUGGGGACUUUUGCAAGAGCGUUAUUGCCCCAAUCGCACACCCCACCGGCACAGUGGACGCCCACAACCUCGACAGUGUCCCCACAUGCCAGGCCCCCUCACAACCCGCCAGCACCUAUGGCCAAACUUCACAACGCACCAUCACCUCUGGAGACCUCUGAACUUCCUGUAGCACCAAUGACAAAAUACCUCUCAGAAACCAUGGAUCCAUGCACAUCUUCUUCUGUGCUUCAUGAUGUCUGUUUGGACAGUGUAUCCUGCGUCAUGCCCGUAGUCAAAUCCAGCCUGUCUAAAGAUCAGCAGAAGAAGCUGCUCUCUCUCCUCGGUCAUGUCAGGCUCCACCUGCUCUACAAAGCCAGUGUCCACGGUUUCACCGCUGCUGCUUUCCACAGCCACUGUGACAACCAGGGGCCCACUGUCAUCGUCGCCCACAACGCUGCUGGGUUUGUCUUCGGGGCCUACACCUCUAAAGACUACAGCCAGAGUGGAGAGGCCGUCACUGACGAGGAGGCCUUCCUCUACAGCAUCAGCGCAGGGGGUAACAAACCACUGAGAGUGGCCGGUAUCAGCGGACAGUCUUCUUUCACAGAUGGAUCCACAGGUCCCGAUUUUGGUGCUUUGGUGUUCCUGAAUGGGGACAAACCUGAGGUCCAGUCCAAACCAGGGACAAGCUUCCACUUUCAGGCUGCAGCGAUGCACGGAAAUGAUUUGAACCUGACGGAGUUUGAGGUGUAUCGAGUUGAAGGCUUGGGAGAACUCCUGGACAAGCCAUGGAGGAACGUCCAGUGGACUGCUGAGAAGAAGCAGCAGCUGAUGAAGACCAUUCAGAGCUAUCAGCCUGAGAUCAAAACAGUCCACCAAGCCAGGGUGUUGUUGGUGGGGCCAGUCGGGUCCGGCAAAUCCAGCUUCUUCAACUCCAUCAACUCAGUGUUUCGAGGCAACAUGACGUCCCAGGCCAUUGCUGGUACAGCGGGGAAGAGCGUGACCACUCAGUUCCGCACAUACACUAUCAAGGCAGGGAAAGGUGGUGGAGCUCUUCCUCUGAUCCUGUGUGACACAAUGGGGCUGGAGGAAAACGCUGAUGCCGGUUUGGACAUCGAGGACCUAGUUAACAUCUACAAGGGCCACGUAAAGGAUCGUUACCAGUUUAGUCCCUCCAAUCCUCUCCAGGCAGAUGCUCCCAGCUAUAAGAAGCAAACGACUGUCAAUGACAUGAUUAACUGUGUCAUUUAUAUGGUCGACACCUGUAAGAUCUCUCUCCUUACCCAGAAAAUGCUGGACAAGUUUGCUACCAUCCGGAAAAAGACCAACCAGCUGGGAAUUCCUCAGAUUUUGCUGAUGACUAAGGUAGACGAGGCCUGUCCACUGGUGGCAGAGGACUUAAAGAAUGUUUAUCGCAGUGUUUACAUCCAGAGGAAGGCCCGGGAGUUGAGCGAGUCUCUGGGCAUCCCCUUGUCCUGUGUGCUGCCGGUGAAGAACUACAGCGAGGAGCUGGAGCUGGACCAGGACACUGACAUACUGCUGUUGACUGCCAUGGAGCACACGCUCAACUACGCAGACAGCUUCUUUGAGAACCAGCUCAUUGAGGACCAAGACGGGAGCGAUCAGCAGGAGCUGUACAGAUCCAGCGAUCUUAACCGCCCAGGUUUUUCAGAGCGUCCUCGACCUGAAGUUGUUUG